AUCAAACGAAUUUCGGACGAUGUUCUCUGUGUAGAUCGCGCUCGUGCCGGCCACUCCACCGAUACGUGGAAAGCGUGCGUGCGUGCGGUGCCUCUCUCCCGUCGUGUACCGCAUACGACCAACAUGUCAACUUACUCCUGAGUUUCGUCACGCGAUUGAUAUACGCACCACGAGGAAUUUCUAAUUCAACCGACUCCAAGCGCGGACACAAACGGACCCGCGGACGCGCGUAGAUCGUAGUACAACGGGCGCGCGCAUAAACGUAACCGCGAAUCAUCCGUUUGCUGAUUCACGAACGAGUCUCGUGCCACGAGCACCAUGAACGCACCUCAGGCACCAGUGAAAUUGAGAAAUGGAGUGGUGAAACAGGUGACAUCUGGAGACACUGUUGUCAUUCGCGGACAGCCCAUGGGAGGUCCUCCACCUGAGAUAACAGUCACUUUAUGCAAUAUCACUGCUCCAAAAUUGGAACGUUGGAAAGGAAACGAUAGUACUGAUGAGACCAAAGAUGAACCGUACGCAUGGGAAGCCAGAGAAUUUUUACGCAGAAAACUCAUUGGACAAGAUGUCACUUUCGCCAUCGAGAAAUCUGUUAACACAGCUAGGACAUACGGCACUGUGUGGCUGGGAAAAGAUAGAAAUGGUGAGAACGUGAUUGAGACUUUAGUGUCUGAAGGUUUGGUAACGGUAAAAAAAGACAACCGUAAUCCCACUGCAGAGCAGACUCGGUUAAUCGAAUUGGAGAAUAUGGCAAAAGCUGCGAAAAAAGGGAAGUGGACCGAUUCACCAGCUUCUGAACACAUAAGGGACAUUAAGUGGACUGUUGACGAUCCUCGAAAAUUGGUUGAAAAGUUUGGCAAGAAACCGAUUAAAGCUGUAAUCGAGUUUGUCUUCGAUGGUUCUACCGUCAAGGCUUUCCUCUUACCUGAUUUUUAUAACAUAACACUCAUGAUCUCGGGUGUUCGCUGCCCAGGCUGGCCAAAUGGACGCCGUGAGAAUUCCGUUGGCGAUCCUUAUGCGGACGAAGCGAGAUAUUUUGUGGAAUCACGACUCUUGCACAGGGACGUCGAGAUAGUGCUGGAGUCGGUCAACAAUAACAACUUUAUCGGCAGCAUUAUUCAUCCCAAGGGAAACAUCGCCGAGAUCCUGCUGAGUGAAGGUUUCGCCAAAUGUCAAGAUUGGUCAAUUAGCAAUAGCAGGUCCGGCGCUGAGAAACUGUACCUGGCUGAAAAAGCCGCGAAGGAGGCGCGUUUGCGCCUGUGGAAAGACUACAAACCGUCCGGCCCGCAGGUCGAAUUCACCGGCACUGUCGUCGAGAUCAUCAACGCAGACGCGCUCAUUAUCCGAACGCAUAAUGGAGAAAACAAGAAGGUAUUUCUGAGUAGUAUUCGGCCGCCCUCUCGCGAAAAGAAGAACACCGAGGACAGCAACAAUACUGCUCGGCCAAAGGACUUCAGACCUCUCUACGAUAUACCGUGGAUGUUAGAAGCGCGAGAGUUCUUGCGCGAGAAAUUCAUCAGGAAGAACGUGAAAGUAGUGGUCGAUUAUACACAGCCGGCCAGGGACAAUUUCCCGGAGAAACUAUGCUGCACGGUCACUUGCGGUAAAACAAACAUCGCGGAGGCGUUAGUCGCACGGGGUCUCGCGCGAGUAAUCAAGUACAGGCAGAACGACGAUCAGCGCUCUUCUCAUUACAAUCUUCUGCAAGUAGCCGAGAGCAAAGCGGAGAAAUCGCAACAUGGGCUGCACGCGAAGAAGGACAUUCCGGUUCACAGAAUAGUGGAUUUGUCGAACGAUCCGUCGAAGGCAAAGGCGUUCUUGACUUCUCUCAAGCGUGCACAAGGAAUCAGAGCCGUUGUAGAAUUUGUAACCAGCGGCUCGCGUCUGAAGCUCUUCCUCCCGAAGGAGGACUAUGUUAUCACAUUCGUGCUGGCUGGAAUAAGGACUCCGCGUUGUCAGAGAACAUUGCCCGGCGGCGGAGUAGUGAAAGCCGACGAGUACGGCGAGAAAGCUCUGGCCUUCACCAAGGAGCACUGCUUCCAACGAGACGUAGAGAUCAAGAUCGAGAAUACGGAGACGAAAUUGAGCGGUUUCAUCGGCUGGUUGACGGUAAACGACGUCAACAUGUCCGUCGCUCUGGUCGAGGAAGGUCUCGCCGAGGUGGUAAAUUUCCCAGACUCUGGCGAACUCACGAGGACCCUCAAAGCCGCGGAGGAACGUGCGAAAACGAAGAUGCUCAAUAUCUGGAAGAACCGCGUGGAGGCGCCAGUGGAGAGCGACAAGAUCUUGGACGAGAAAGAAGGGCAGGAGCGUAAGAUCGACUAUCAGAAGGUUGUGAUCUCCGAAGUUACCGACGAUCUUCACUUCUACGCCCAGAGCGUCGAUCAAGGAACCAUGCUGGAGAACUUGAUGGUGCAGCUGCGCCAAGAACUAGCGACCAAUCCGCCACUUCCUGGCGCUUACAAGCCGACCAGAGGUGAUCUGGCCGUCGCGAAAUUCACGGGCGACGAUCAGUGGUAUCGCGUAAAGACGGAGAAGGUCUCCGGCACCAAUGUUAGCGUAUUCUAUAUCGAUUACGGUAACAGGGAAACCGUCCAUGUUACGCGGGUCGCAGAUCUGCCCGCGCGCUUCGCCACCGACAAGCCGUACGCCCACGAAUACGCGCUCGCGUGCGUGACACUUCCGAGCGACACCGACGACAAGAGGGCGGCAGUGGAGGCGUUCAAGGAAGACGUACUGGACAAAAUUCUACUCUUGAACGUGGAAUACAAAUUGAGUAAUAAUGUAACUGCUGUUACGCUGGCACACGUCAGCACAAACUACGAUAUCGGGAAAGGAUUGAUUUCUGAUGGAUUUGUGCAUGUUCAAAAGCAUCGGGAUAGGAGGCUCACGAAAUUAAUUGAGGAAUACAAGAAGGCGGAAGAGGACGCGAAGCAUAAUCAUCGUAACAUCUGGAUGUACGGAGACGUACGACCGGAGGACGACGAGAAGGAGUUCGGAUUGUAAUUGAAUUAAGUGCUCAAACAUGGGAUUAAGCAUAAUCGGUAACUGAAGAAGGAUGAGACAUGUGUUAAAAACAACAAAAUAACAUAAGAAUUAUUACGAAUAAUCUGCUACAUAGGUGAUUAAGAAUGAUGAAUGUCGAUCCGGGAGCUACAUGUUGCAUUAGUCGUAAUGCAAUGAUAUACUUCAGUAUAUAAAGAGAAUUGUACAUAACAAUUUUAAUAAUUUCUGUAAUACAAUGAACAAAAAGCAUACACGCGAAGCAGUACUCGAAAUGAGAACUACGCGAAUGUGGAUAUAGCAUGUGUUCUCAUCGACAUGAGCAUUCGUUAUUACUUGGUGCCACAAAUGUAAAUUGUUUGGUAACCCGACAUUUCCGAACGAUACGAAGCUCUCAAUGUGCAAUUCAAUGUGUCAAUCAUGUUAGAUAUAUCAAUUCUUUGCUUUCCCUAUAUAUUGGAUAAACAACAAUCAAUGUUAGUCAUGCGUGCUCCUUUCCAAGUUUUUAUAUAGAUGAUGAUAGCUGUAGGAUUUUUGUAAUUCGCGAAUUUAAUCAGAGGCACUGGUAGUUAAACGGAAAUAGGGAGAACGUUCAUAUCAAGCAGAAUAUCGGGAUAUUUUCAAUCAAAGUUACAUUGGCACAGUGUCAUCCGGUAAAAAGGUUCCAUCCCUAAAUGGCGUAUGUGUGCGCGUGUGCGAAUACAGCAUAAUACAAUAUAGCAUAAUACAAUACAGCAUAAUACAAUACAGCAUAAUACAAUGGGGAUAUCAGUAGUGCAAAGGAAGAUGCUGUACAAUUAUAUGCCGUCUUUUUUUGUGACUCUACCAUCUUUUCCGAUAACUUUCACGUUAUACAUGGUAUGUUAUAUUCAUAAACAAGUUUGAUAUUAAUGUACUUACAAGAAAUUAUUUAUGCAGUUAUCCUACAGAUCAGCCUUACAGAUUACAGCACUAUUAUAAAAUUUAAAUGUUCAGGAUUUAUUUGCGAUGUAGAUAAGUGUUAUGUAUCAUGUGAAGUAACUCGCAAUUGUUAUGCGAUACAAGAAAGCAAAGGACGUGGUAACGUUACGACGCAAAGUACA